UCUAAUAUUUUCUGCAGUUGCGGCGGCUUCGUUUGUGACAAGAGAAUUUUUUGUUGAGAGGUCGCAUGACAAUUUUAAAAAUUUGUUAAGUACAAUAAGGAACAGGUAAAAGCUUCAAUCCUGGAUCAUCUAUAUUGCAAAAUCAGCUCCACACUUUCAACGCCGUCAGCAAAAGCAAGGCACAACCCGUGGUAAACGCAGCGAAAGCAAAGUAGUCGACGGCGUACUCUCACACACAUACGCACAUCAAGCCUGUGGCACACUCACGUACUCACUCACACAACUUUACACGAAGCCGGAGCCGGAGACGGAGCCUGGUGACAGACCUUUUUUUUUGGCCCUGGCAAGCCGAACAGUGAGCGACAAGCUAGCAUAAAGAGGAGGAACGGUAGCAGCUGUGUCAACUGCGUUUAGCAUAUCAAGGCGUGCAUAGACGAGGAACAAAGCGCGGCUCUGGUUGCGACAUGGGCGUCACCGUGGAGUCGGGAGACGGCAGCUCCAGGUCGUCGUCAGAGUCACCUUCGAACUCGCGUCCUUCGACACCCACAAAGGUAACAGGCGACGAGGACGAGGACUCCACUAUGAAGUCUAUCGGCGAUAAUAAUGAUCCCGGCAUGGAAGUAGCUGGCGAUGCGGACGAUAAGAAGGUUGCACGCUCAGCUUCCAGCAGCUCCUCGUCCUCCUCUAGCAGCAGAUCCAGUCGUCGCGUCAAAAGAAAAAAGAAGAGCUCUGGAAGCAGCAGCAGCAGCAGCAACAGCAGCAGCAGCAGCAGUAGCAGCAGUAGUUCCAGCAGCAGCAGCUCCAGCUCUGACGAGGACGAUGACAAGCUCAAAGCGUCACCAUCAGCAGCAGCUGUUCGAGCUGAUGAUGAUGAUGCCUCUGCAGCCCAUGGCGAGGCUGAUGGCGAUGCUGAUGGUAAUGCUCGUGGCGAAGGUGAUGGCGCUGGUGAUGCCGGCGCUGUUGCUUCUGCACACACAAAUCCAGAUGACGACGCAGAUGCCAUCAGCUCAGUUUCCGGCUCGCCAAUCAAAUCACAUUCGGCCACAUCGGCGCGUAGUCGGAGCAAUAGCCCAGAUCGACUGUACAACCAGGGGGGAGUGGAUCUGAAUAUUAGCCACGAGGAUCUAAGUGAUGUGAGCGACAUCGACAUGGAGAACAAGGCCACCUCCAAGGACUCCACGAUGGUCGGUGACGAUGAUGACGGCGCCCUCUCGAACGACUCGCAGCCAGUCACUCACGCAACCCAAGCUCUCAAUGGCAAGGAUCGUCGGGGCGGAGAGGACAAGUCAGCCAGCCAACCCGCAACAGAUAAUAAAAUGGAGCCGGGCAGCACCAAUGGGUUGGAUGAUCUGGUCAAGGCACACGACGAUGAUGCGCUCGACUUUGAGGCUGAGGAGGGCGAGUGCCCGGAGCUGAAGGAGGCGGACGCCGAGACGGACGGGGCUGCCAAGGCGGGCGCCACAGCAAACGGCAACGAUUCAAAUAAGAAAGGGAAAUCCCCGCCGAAGCAGCUCGAUGAGAACAACAAGGUGGUGCAGCUCGAUGGCGAUAGCAAUGGAGCGGGCGAUGGUGAUGGCGAGGUGGACGAGGAUGGCGAGGACGGGACCGGUGACUCGGACAAUGCCAAAAAGAAGAAAAAGGACGAAGAGCUGGAAGAGGGCGAAGUCUCGGACGAGGAUGAGAAACGCCCCGAGGAGACAGAACCGAAGCCCGUCUGUCGCUUCUACACGCGUGGCCAGUGCACCUGGGGCAUGAGCUGCCGGUUUCUACAUCCGGGCGUCACCGACAAGGGCAACUACACAAUGUUCGAGAGCCUCGUGCGCUCCGUGCCCAUGCAGAGCGGCAGCGGAGCGGGCAACCCCUCGCGGGGAGCGGGCGGCAGUGCUUACAACAGUCAUAUGGCCGGCGUGCCGCCCGCCAGUGACUACCACGACUACCGCAACGAACGUCCGGCCGCGCUGCAUCAUCGGAGUGCCGCGUCACUGCAUCACGGGGGCGUGUAUGCGGCGGGCGGAGCCGGAGUCAGCGCACACCAUGAUGCGCGGAGUGGGCUGAUGAUGCCCGACGGGCCGGUGGUGGUGGAGAAUGCCUGGGAGCGCGGGCUGCGCACGGCUAAGGAGAUGAUGCGCAAGGCAAACAAGCGCAAGGAGCAGGACAUGGACUUUGAGGACAAGAAGAUGAAUCUAACGCUUUCGCCAGAUGAACUGGAAAAAGAUCCGUAUUAUCUCAAGGAGCGCGCCACCUCACCCGCCGUUGUGCGAGAGUUGCCGCCGAGCAAUCCGAUCAGUCACGGGAAUCCGCGCGCCCUAAUGCCCUCGAUGUACUCCAUGUACGGCCAGCCGGCGGAUCGGUAUCGUUUCCCCUAUAUGCCGUCCAUGGCGUAUGAGGAUGUGGAUGCCUAUGGCCGUAUGGCACGGUAUCGGGAGCUGCCGCCGCAUCGUAUGCCACAGUACGAGGACGACCGAAGAUUGCGUCCCGCUCGGGAAGUGAUUGUGCAGCGCGUGGAGCCGGUCGGACGUGGUGAUGAGUGGAGCGAUCCGUGGAUGCGCUCAAAGUCGAUUGGACGCGGUCCGUCGUACGAGCGAGACGACAGGCGACGCCGCGAUCGUCGCAGCUACAGCAGCAAUACAUCCUAUUCCAGCUCCAACAGCUCACAGAGCGAUUCCAGCUCCGACUCGUCGCGAUCUAGCAGCGCGUCGGAUCACAAGCGUCGCUACUCGCACAAAAUGAUGUCCUCCUCCACUUCGCGCCGCCAUGCUGCCGGACGGGCGCGCUCGCCCAGCCAAAUACCACGGCGACCCAGACACACAUCAAAGGGCAGCACUUCGUCAGCAUAUAAGCGCGCCGCGUUGGAGAAGCGCAGCGGCGGCGGACACAGUCCCGCCGCAAAGCGCAAGAAAGUCACCCCGACGCCCAAGAAGUUUGACAAGAUCCGACGCCGUCGCAGCUCCAGCUCAUCUGACUCGGAUUCCUCAGACACUUCAUAUUCGGACUCGGAAUCCGGCAGUUCCUCGUCGGACAGCUCGUCGGGUUCGCGUGAAACGCCCGCGAAGCGCAUGCGUGCCACAGACAAGGCGCUCAACGAGCGCAAACUAAUCAAAAAACCCACUGAACAAUCGACCAAGAAGCGUUCACCCAUUUCCAUUGAGAUUAAGAAAACAUCGAACAUGGUGGGCGUGUCGGCGCUAGUGUCGCCCACCAAUUCGCCCGAUAAGGAGAAGGGCGCUUGCAAGGACAAAGAAAAGGAGAAGGAGAAGGAAAAGGAGAAAGACAAGGACAAGGACAAGGACGGCAAAAAGUCGCGACGCGAAGAGCUACUAAAACAACUGCGCGCCGUCGAGGAUGCCAUUGCAAAGAAGCGCUCCAAACUGACCUGAUAACAUACGAUAGCACCCCUCCCAGUCCCCCAAUCCACCUCAAUGCACCAGCAGUUGCAGCAAACGCUCCCCAAAUGCGAACCAUAUGCAGCAUUCGGUAUACAAUCUGUAGGGUAUGUGUGCGGUCGUCUGUCUGUCAUCUAACUGUUGCCAAGCACGCAAAUGUGGAUUGGGAGCUCAUAGCUGCAACUCGAACUGCAACUGCGACUGC